AUGGCUCUUAGCGCCAACGCCUGGACCUCUCUUCCAGUGUACUUAACAAUAUCAGUAUCCUACGUCUCUAUGGUCAUUCGCCCUUUUGCCGAUGCUUGGAAGAGUAGUGUUUGCAGUAUAUAUCGCUAUGACUCGUUACACGACUAUUUUGUAAUGGCUCUUAGCGCCAACGCCUGGACCUCUUUUCCAGUAUACGAUAUUGUUAAACGCACGAUAAUAGAUAAUAUUAUUCGCUUUCAUCUUAAUUACCUCCCAUCCCAGAUCACUAAUAAUGCAUCUUUUUUAGAUAUGGACUUUCACCAAUCCAUUUCAAGUUAUAUAUUGGGCUCUGAAUAUAAGGGUUGGAAUGCUCUAAGCUGCCUUAACCACCUGAAGGAUCAUCAUAUACAAUUUACUUCCGAUAGUAAACAAGAAGUCUUAGACGCGUUUAUGAAUGCCUUUAAGGAAAUUAGUGAGUCUGAUAUUGUAAAAUCUAGGACAACAAGCAGGGCGAAAAAAAUAUACAAUAAUGCCCAUGACACUUUUGAAAGAAAAGAAAUUAUUGAAUUUUUUGAAAAAAUGGAUCAAGAGUUUGAUGCGAGGCAAAAUGAACGGGAACUCGAGAGGUCUUUCGAUAGGAAUGGAUGUGAACUUUUAAAGAAGUCUAGCGAUUUCAAUACACUGAAACUUUUAUCGCGUUAUGCAGAAAAGUCAUCAGAAGUGCUUGAAAAAGUAUUAUCGGCGAUUUUAUUCGUGUUUUAUGAAUCUAUAUACCUGCUUGUACUCACCACAUUUAAUUUCGAACUGUAG